AUGCUGCGUCGCUGCACGGUGUCCCGGAUGAACCGUGGUCAUCUGGCUCCCACGCCGUCCAAGUAUUCGGACCAUCCCGGAAUGUGGGGUCCGGGAGCGGGUCCGGUGAAGGACACGUUGGCGCGUCGCACGAUGUUCUACCGCAUGCUCGUCAUGAAUAAGAUCGGCAGUUGGACGAAGCCGCUUCGCACAAACCGUGCUCGCUGGAUUUGGCGCAAGACGCAACUGCAGCUCUGGAAGACAUUUGUAAUGUCGAUGGUAUUCAUCUGCGUUAUCCUAUUCGGUAAUGUUUGGCUAUCCUUUGUGUACCACGCGUACACCGUAGGACCUACGACCCCGGUGCUGGAGCGCAAGGUGCGCGAGCACCGGGUAUCGAAGCAGAUUAUGCAAAUGGUGCGCGAGCGCGAGCGCCACGUCACGCAGGAGGAAGAGGUGAAGGAAGCGCGUGCCAUCAUCGAUUCACAAAGGCGAUAG